UCUGGGCCCUGGUUCUCAAAAAAUGAAAAUAAAAACAAACAAUUCCAAUCCAAAUAACCCUAGUCCCCAAAUCGAGCUCGCAGCAGCAGCGAGUGGCGACUCCGCCGACCAUUUCACUUCCGCCGGCAUCCGGCUUCUCCGUCCCAUUCCCCACCCCCGGCCACCUGCAACUCCAUGGGGAUGGCUCAGAGCGUCGGGCGCCGGGAUUCCUACGCCGACACCGGAGCAGGCGGCGAGGACCUCAUCAGCGCGCUUCCAGACGACGUGCUCGUCCACAUCCUCCUCCAGCUCCGCGACGCCGCCGCCGCCGCCCGGACCAGCAUCCUCACCCGACGGUGGCGCGGCCUCUGGGCCCUCCUCCCGCAGCUCACCUUCGCCGACGGCAUCGAGCACCACCGCAUAGUCUCCGCCCUCGCCGCACACCAAGUGCCGGACCUCCGCGGUCUCCGGGUCGCCACCCGACACGCCUCCGUCGAGUACCUGGCGGUCUGGCUCCCCAUCGUCGCACGCCGCCUCACCGGAUCCAUGCUCCUCAGGGUGGUGUGGCACGACAACGAGGAGGUCGCCGAGCUGGAGCCCGAGCAAAGAGGGGAGAUUCUGCUUCCUUGCUUCCAGCGAGCCACCACGGUCAUACUCGAGUUCUCGUUCCUUCGCCUCGCCCUGCCGCCUUCCGGCGUAUUCGCCCGGCUCAAAGUUCUCGAGCUGGUUGGCAUCCACCUAUAUGGCCAGUGCAGUCUCGGCAACGCUCUCUCCUCCCCGCGGUGCCCAUCCUUGCAGAUUCUCAGUGUCCAGAAUGCUCGUGGUCUGGGCAACUUCACAAUUCAUUCCAAGUCCCUCCUAGAACUGAAGCUAUUGAAACUACCUGACAUGCAGCAGCUCAUUGUCGGGGCACCGUCACUCCAAAUGUUAAUCAUCAUGGGUUGCUUUACCGAUGGGCUGAAUCCAAGUCAGCCAGUUGCCAACAUCUCAGCCCCUCGCCUGGAGUUGCUCUUGUGGACGUGUGAUUUUGUUCCGAGCUCUCUCCAGCUUGGGGAGAUGGCACAUCUUCAAUGUCUUGUCACUGGAAAUUUCUUUGUCUAUGGACCGAUUUCCUUUGCUCUACAAAAUCGCUGUUGCAUGAGCAUUCCGCAGCACUUUGAGCGUCUCAGUGUCCUCAAUCUCUAUAUUAUCUAUCCGCCGGUCAUUGGUAAUACUGAAUACUUGAUGGAAGAUAUGACAAGUCUUCCCGACGUUACAAUAUUGAACCUGGAUGUAACUGCAUAUGUACAUUCAUUUGGAGCCAGCGUAUUCCAUGUUCUUAGGAUGUGCCCUCGUUUAAAAGCACUCUGUCUUAAAUUUCCUGUGAAACCUAGCCAACUGGAGGCACAAACCGCGUUCUGCUCCUCAGACUGCAUAUGCGAUCAGCCACCACACUGGAAAACCGAAGAACUCCUGCUGGACCGCCUCCAAGAGGUAGAAAUUUGGGGCUUUACAGGAACUGAACAUGAAGUUGCUCUUUUGAAACGGUUAGUCAGCUGGGCAACGGUGCUAAAAACGAUGAUGAUAAAAUUCCAUGGCUCCGUCGCUGAAAGCAAACGCAAUAGGCUAUGCCAGUUGUUACUAAGCUUCGCCAGGCCAGAAACAUGUUUGCAUGUAGCGCCGCUAUUCUAGAAAUAUGCACGCAAAAAAGCUUGUAGCGCUCCAUCCUGGCGAAGGUUUUAUGGCAGCAACUUUGUUCGCAUGCAGUAGUUGUCAAGUGGAGCAGAGUACUUUUGUGAGGGUGAACUCAUUUAGCUUUGUUUAACUCGAGUAGCUUGUUUUUGUUUGAAGUAAGAAUGGAAACUUCUAUUGAUUGAUCACUGGAAAGUAGUACAAUU